GCGUACGCUCAGUUUGUUUAUAUCUAGAGGAACACGAACGCACACGUUUAUUAUCAUAACAAUUAUUAACGUUAGUUGUUCAUUAACAAUAAUAGCGAUAAUAAUUAUAACUGCAUUUUGUGAUGUGUGAAAUGGACUUGGAUAUUUGCAAUAUUCUGACGUCGCCAGAAGGCCUGCAGGACUGGUUCACGGAGUUCGACGGCUGGGUAUGCAGGUUCAAUGCCAGCGUCACCUUGACAAGAUCACAUUCAAACCGUCUCGGAAACGCAACGCAAGCCCAAAAAUGCCAAAACUGUGCCAAGGAACAGAAAAUUGAAAACGCACUAGAACAGACACAGCCAAGUUCCGAAAACCGAAUCGUAAAAACACGGCCAAGUACAGAAAAUCUAACACUCCACGAAUUAAUUGUAAAUGGCCUGUUAAUUGCACAGAAAAGGAAGGAUAGGAUCAUAAAGAAGACUGACUUUUUAAAUAUUUUUAAAGGAAAUGAAGAUUUUACGCACUACGAUUAUGUAUUGUUGUCAACUGUGAUGGAAAAUGGGAGAAAACAUUUUUAUAAAUAUAUAUUACGGUCUAAGAUUUGAUCAAUUUGUUUUAUUCGAUAAUCCCCAGCAUAACCAAAUAACACUAGACCCUG